AUGCGUUCAAUUUGGGUUCCCCUCACCGCGGCCCUCGCGGCCUUGACAGAUGCCGCAACCCCCUCCACCCUGGCAGAGCUGUGCACCAAUUCCAUUGCCAAAGCCGCUCUCCCACCCUCCGAAUUCAUUCAGGGCAUCACCAUCGACUCCGACUCCGUGACCACGGACGUCGUGACCAACAGCAGUGUCUCCAGUGACUUCUAUCCCAGCGCCACCAUCAGCUACUGCAACGUCACGUUUGCCUACUCCCACGAUGGCAUUGACGGCGACCAGGUCCUUCUGGAAAUCUGGCUCCCCGCGCCAUCCGACUUUCAAAACCGCUGGCUCUCGACCGGUGGUGGCGGCUACGCCAUCAACUCCGGGGACCAGUCCCUCCCCGGCGGCGUCAUGUACGGUGCGGCAUCGGGCAUGACGGACGGUGGGUUCGGGGGCUUCUCCAACAAUGCAGACACGGCGAUGCUGUUAGCCAAUGGAACCCUCAACUACGAAACCCUCUACAUGUUCGCAUACAAGGCACACCGCGAGCUCAGCUUACUCGGCAAGGCCUUCACCCGCAACAUCUACGGGCUCAGUGACAGCGACAAACUCUACGCCUACUACCAAGGCUGUUCCGAAGGCGGCCGCGAAGGAUGGAGUCAAGUCCAACGCUACGGGGACGAAUGGGACGGGGCCAUCAUCGGGGCCCCGGCCUUCCGCUGGUCCUUCCAACAAACCCAGCAUCUCUAUUCCAACGUCGUCGAAAAGACCCUCAACUACUACCCCUCCCCCUGCGAGCUCGACAAGAUCGUCAACGAAACCAUCCUCGCCUGCGACCCCAUGGACGGGAAAACCGACGGCGUCGUGGCGCGCACCGAUCUCUGCCUCCUCGACUUCAACAUCACCUCCAUCGAAGGCCAAUCCUACGCCUGCGCCGCCUCCCGGGGCACUCCCGCCCAGAACGGCACCGUCUCCGCCCAAGCCAUCCAAGUCGCCCAGACCAUCCUCAAUGGCCUCCACGACUCCGACGGCCGUCGCGUCUACUUCUCCUACCAACCCACCGCCGCCUUCGACGACGCCGAAACCCAAUACAACGCCACCACCGGCACCUGGGAACUUGACAUCGACCAACUCGGCGGCGAGUACAUCGCCCUACUCGUCCACAAAAACGGCACCACCCUCGACUCCCUCGACGGCGUCACCUACGACACCCUCAAGGACUGGAUGAUCGCCGGCAUGCAGGAAUACUUCAGUACCCUGCAAACCACCUGGCCCGAUCUCACCCCGUUCCAUAACAACGGCGGCAAAGUCAUCCACUACCACGGCGACGCCGACUUUAGUAUCCCCACCGCGGCCUCCAUCCGCUUCUGGGAAUCCGUUCGCACCAUCAUGUACCCCAACCAAGACUACAACGCCAGCGCCGACGCCCUCAACGACUGGUACCGUCUCUACACCAUCCCCGGGGCGGGUCACUGCGCCCCCAAUGACGCCAUGCCGAACGGUCCCUUCCCGCAGACCAACCUCGCCGUGAUGAUCGAUUGGGUCGAGAACGGCGUGACGCCAACCACCCUCAACGCCACGGUCCUGCAGGGUGAGCACGAGGGCGAGAAUCAGCAGCUGUGUGCCUGGCCGCUGCGGCCGUUGUGGACGAAUGAUACCAUGGAGUGUGUGUAUGAUCAGCGCUCCAUUGAUAGUUGGCAUUAUGAUUUGGAUGCGGUGCCGAUGCCGGUGUACUAG